UAAAACGCAAUACCAAAGCAGUUAGGCAAAACGUUCGGCACGCGCACCAUGUGUAUUGCAUCGCGCAAGGGACGGUCGUCAGCAGUCGUCGUCGGAUCAGCGUCGUACUCGCACACGCGUUUUCCGCGAUCGCUGUAAUAACGAUAUUGUCUCGUCGUGUUUAUAAUAAUUUAUCAAUUAUUAUUAUUAUUAUUAUUAUUAUUAUUAUUAUUCGUUGUCGUUGUCGUCGUUAUUGAUAUCGUCGGCGAAGAUUUCAUGAUUUAUUUUCCACCGUUCGCCAGACCUCCGUUCGACGAGUGACGACCCUUGCCGGCACCAUCACACUACAACUGGACCGAGGAAAACCGUAAUUUUUCAACCCGUAUCGGUUUCGCCAAUCUUUCCCGUCCGAUGUGCACGGACUUCGCCGAAGCACACCGCCGACGACGCAACCGCCGCCGUCGCCGUGCCCGAGAUGCUUCUCCGAAUGUGGCUUCUCGUCCGAGUCCCAUCGGCGGCGACGGCACUCACCGGUCACUGAUCAGCUCGAUCCCGCAGCCACGACGACCGUUAUUGUCGCACUGAAAACAUUCAAAAAGCACACCGUCGCGAGAACCAUGCACCAAGAACAGUUCGUGUACUCAUCGACCGUGGACGUCCAGCAGUACGUCGGACCGUACAGGUUGGAGAAGACUCUGGGCAAAGGACAAACAGGAUUAGUGAAGCUCGGCAUCCAUUGCGUUACUGGAAGGAAUGUAGCAAUAAAAAUAAUUAACCGCGAAAAGCUGAGCGAGUCGGUGUUAUUAAAGGUGGAAAGGGAGAUUGCAAUAAUGAAACUCAUCGACCACCCGCACGUGUUGGGCUUGUCAGACGUCUACGAAAACAAACGAUACUUAUACUUGAUACUGGAACACGUGUCCGGUGGAGAACUUUUUGACUACUUGGUUAAAAAGGGGAGGCUGACGCCAAAAGAAGCCAGAAGAUUUUUUCGACAAAUCAUCUCUGCCUUAGACUUUUGUCACAGUCAUUUAAUAUGCCACAGAGAUUUGAAACCGGAAAACUUAUUGCUGGACGAAAAGACCAACAUUAAAAUCGCUGACUUCGGUAUGGCGUCUCUGCAGCCCAACGGAAGCAUGCUCGAAACAAGUUGUGGUUCUCCUCACUACGCGUGCCCCGAAGUCAUCCGAGGCGAGAAAUAUGACGGGCGGAAAGCAGACGUUUGGUCCUGUGGUGUAAUACUGUACGCUCUGCUUGUCGGCGCGCUGCCAUUCGACGACGACAACUUGCGCCAACUGUUGGAGAAGGUGAAAAAGGGCGUUUUCCACAUACCGCAUUUCGUUCCGCCGGAUUGUCAAAACUUGCUCCGUGGCAUGAUUGAAGUCAACCCGGAAAAACGGUUAACCUUGAAGGACAUAAACAAACACUCAUGGGUUAUCGCUGGAGGUAAAGGAGAAGUACACUUAGGUAUGUCAAUGAUAGACGUCAUACAAACCCACAUAAUUCCGUCCUCAAAUGACUUAGACACCGACGUUCUUCAAGCCAUAUCAAGUUUAGGCUGUUUCAAAGACCGGGAGAAACUCAUCGCCGCUUUGUUGAGUGUCGAUCAUAACACUGAAAAAGUAAUUUAUUUCCUAUUGCUGGAGCGCAAAAAACGACGACCAGCUAAUGAGGACGAUACGGUCGCAGUAAAAAAUACAAAAAACAGCUUCGACCCUCCAAAAAAGCGAGUUGAUACGUGUAAAAUGAUCGAUGACAUCGAUAGUAAUUUUUCCCAGAUCAGUGCUGGAUCUCCUGCUACGCCUAGAAAACAAAUGUUGCAAAAUCGCAUAUACUACAGGAGAGGAAGUUACAACAACGUAAGUUCUGCGGGUGGCAACAUGUGUGGCGGUUCGAGCUUAGCCAGUUCCUCGACCUUAGCUGGUAUAUUAUCACCUCUUCCUCAAAGGUCAAACAAUUCAAACUAUCGUUACCACAAUCACCACAAGAGCCAGCAGUCGAAAAACUCAUCAAUUUCCCCUCACGGGAAUUACAUAUCUGCGCACAACCAGACGUUGGACACGAACAGCUCGUGCUCGGCAGCCGUACCCCCAUCGCCCGUGCACCACGCGAAGCAGGCAAAAGUCGAAGUACCUUCGUCUCCAAACCACAUGGUCAUCUGCACGCCUCCGGGGUCGCCUCAACACCUGUCCAACCAUUGGAAAUCGAGACUCACGUCAAUCCGCAAUAGCGUACUGGGGUCACCGAAAUUCCACAGACGUAAACCUCAAAUCGACAUGGAUACUCCAUACAAACCAACACCGGAAUCUUCUCCGGAACUUACAAAAAAAUCGUGGUUUGGAAGUUUGAUGGCUUCUGAGAAAGACGAGACGUUUACUAUUUUGAUAACAGGAAAACCGUUAUCCACUGUAAAGGCUGACUUAAUCCACGCUUUGCUCUCGAUUUCCGAGUUGAGCCACACCGUAAUUAAUGCGCUGUCGUUCCGGGUUGAAUACAGACGUGGAUCCGGCGGCACGGCGAUGUUUCAGAGGCAAGUGCGAUUCCAAAUUGAUUUAUCGGACGUCACGAACACGCAUUCUCCCAGGGAUUAUUUGUUCGCCAUUAUAUUCACGUUGCACUCCGGUAAUAUAAGACGUUUCCGGAGGGUCUGCGAACACAUUCAGACGCAAAUGUGCGCGAGGAAAGCGCCGUCUUCGCCUCGGGCCACUAGAAAGUUUAACACGGACUUAUCGGAAAGCUCGAGUUGCGGAUCAGACACGUCCGAGAGAUUAUCGCCAUACGUAAAUAUAAGAAACGUCGAAUUGGACAGAGACGACAAGAAUAAGAGACUGAUCAGCCAUCAGGACGGCAAAGGCGGUUACUGCAUCCCAAACAGCCGGCAAAGGCGGCGGAGUUCGAGUCUGGCCAACAACAACAACUUCAACGGCAGCAACAACAAUUCCAUGGCCAACGCGCCGGCGGCAGCCAACGGCCGCAAAGAAGCGCCGCCGCCGACGAGAUCCAACAGCGAGACGAAGCCGGCCGACGGCGCCUACAUAUCGGUAUCGGGAUCGAUGUCUUGAGGCCGACAGCCAUAAAAUAAUAAAUAUUACUAUAAAAAAACUACCUAUUAUAUUCCAAUGUUUUUCGGAUCGUCGCACGCCCGGAUUAAGGGACCCCGUGGCAGAGUGUGGGGGGGGGGGGAGGGGCACGAGACUUGACAUUUUUUUAGAGGCCUCUAAUAUUGUUCGCCAUACUUUCAUAAUACUGUAAUCAUUACGUACCUAUGCGCGUAUUAAAUAUUAUAUAUAAUAUGCGUAAAAGGAAAUACUCAACACCUUCAAUGUUUGAUGUGAAUAAAAAUAUUUGUUUUAAGACAAAACAUGGGUUUUGAAAAUAAAACACUCAAUACUUCUAAACUUAGACGGUAUGACAUAAAAAAAAAAAAGGCCCAACAGCAGCUAGAAAUAAUUUUUGGAAUUGAAUAUUAAUAUGAGUUAUACAUGUUUUUAUGUCUUGUGGACACGAAAAUACAAUAUUAUGGACGAUGUUUUUAUUAUUUCAAAUUGGGGCCUCUAAACAAAUUGGCCCAGGUACCUCAAAAUUCUUAGUCCGGGCUUGGAUCAGUGAACAUGUCGUAUGUAUUAUUAUAAUGCGUAGAGCGAAAUUCCGCCGGGUUACUGUAAAAUAUUA